CGGAUCUGUCUUUCAACCACCACUGUGUCCUUCACAAUGUCGACCAUUCCAACCUCAUUUCUCCAUUCUCUGCCGCCGGCACCCCAUGUCGACGUCUCGAUGAUCAAGGGCAAUAUCUCGAACGAGGAAAAACAACUUGGCGCCAAUAUUUUCUCCUAUUUUGUGAAUAGUCUGGAGGAAUCCUAUGGUGCUGAGGUCGGUAGACGGUUGCGCCUGGUCGAAAUGAACAUUUGGGGCCGGGAUGCUAGCGGGACUGCGGCGCAAGGACAGACAAUCUUUGAGAUCGAUGUCGAAAAAGACAUGUGUAAUGUUUUUGGAACCUUGCACGGGGCAUGUGCCGCAUAUAUCGUCGACCCGUGCUCUGUGUCCAGUUUGGUAGUUCUGGGCGCUGCCAUUGGAGCUGAUGGAACAGGCGUCUCGCAAUCUCUCAACGUUAUCUGGCACCAGCCGGCAAAAAUGGGAACAACGCUCAGGGUGAUCUCAACAUCCGUAUUCAUUCAUGGUCGAAUUCGGACCGCUCGCUGCGAGCUUUGGGACAAGGAAAGGGACAAAUUGUACGUUUCCGCUGUUCAUACGACUGUCAACAACAUACGCCCCUCCCUGGCUAAAUUAUAAAUCUUCGUUCGGCAAGGCGAAACUAAUAAUUAUCGUACACUCCGG